GUUUUUUAAAGUCAGGUCGAGGGUAAACAGGUUUGGCCCAUCUCUUCACCGUACCUUACAGCAGGCGUGCCGAGGAUACCGAAAAAGCCAGGGAGCAAAACACCACGUGACACAAGGCCAGGCUGCUAGACAUUCCUCCAGCCUCUGCAAUCCAAUCCAUUUUAUGCCAGCAACUCCUUGAACAUAUCGAAAAAGACCGCCAAGACUGAAUAGGUUCAAUUUUGAAGCAGCGGAAACAUGGGACAUCACAACCUUCGCUUUGACGGCGAUCCUUAUUCGUCCAGCGGAGCUUGGAGUCCGCCAACCAGCAGGGCAAAUUUCUGCGAGGAGGACUAUGUCAUUACCUUGUAUCUUGCAGAGUUUGUCAACGCCUUGACCAACGUCACCUAUGUCUACUUUGCUCUGCGAUACAUGUAUGGUGGUUCGGGCAGACGGGGGAUUCUACCUGCCCGAUGGGACUUCAUGUCCAUCUCCCUGCUGGUUCUUGGCAUCGGAUCGUUCCUGUUCCACGCAUCGCUCCGCCAGACCCUCGAGUUUGUCGAUGAGCUCUCGAUGCUGCUGCUCUCCUGGUCCAUGCUCCGGACCGUCCUCGUAAUGCGACAGACUCCCUCAAUGAUCCGCCUCAUCACAGCAAUCCUCCCUGUAUUCUUCAUCUCAUUCUCCGUCUUUUAUGUCUGGUCGGCAAAGAUCAUCUACCAGGUGAUUGGAUUCUGGUUCAGCCUCAUCCUCAUCGGCCUUCGCAUGCGGUACCUCUUGUACUGGCUCAAGCCGGGCUUUUCUGAGAAGCAGACACACAAGUGGGCCGUCAGAACCUGGACGGCGACAUUUAUUUGCCUGUUUGGAUACUUUAUCUGGAACAUUGACCUCGAGUUUUGUGCCGAGCUCAGAGAUCUUCGAGCGAGGGUCGGAUUGCCUUGGGCGUGGAUCUUUGAGUUUCAUGGUUGGUGGCAUAUCUUGACGGCUCUUGGUGCCAGUCAGUUUAUGGGUGUGGUGCGAGAAGUGCGCGAGGAGGCGGCCCGUAUGAAGCAGGAAUGAUUGUUGGAUAUGGUAGGCGUUUGUCUUCACUCUGGACGAGGGGUUAGGUUCUCGUGGCGGUAGAUGUGUGAGUUUUGUCAAACCAUUAGAGGGCUUGGAUUGUAAAAUUAUACUUGGUUUGGAUGUAUCUGAUAGUUGGUGUCAACUGCAUAGACCUCACCCAGUGAAGGAUCCGCCUGACCUUGGCUGGCCAACUGUACCUGGCGUCUCGCCUGGAGAUCUUGCAUUUUUAAGAGUCGAACUGG